GAACAGGGACAAAUUAGAAAGGGGGUUUCUUUCACUUCAGAUUUGGUUAAUUAGGGUUCCGUUGGCGCGAGCUAAGAACGAAGGAAGUAGAAGCAGCAAAACCCAAUCAAAGACCCUCACUCUCACCCCACACUUCACGUAAGUGAAAACGGCACCAUGGACAGCAUAGUUGAUUCUCUGAAUAAUGCCUAUCAAGAUUUUGUUGUUGCAGCAGCAAAUGUGUUGGAAGCCAAAGAAAAUGCUGGUUCCAUUAAAACAACAGCAACCGAUACUGCUCUAGAAAACUUUAAGCAGAAGUGGGAAUUGUUUAGAGUAGCAUGUGAUCAAGCCGAGGAGUUUGUGGAGUCUGUGAAGCAAAGGAUAGGAUCCGAGUGUCUGGUGGAUGAGGCAACAAGGCCUGUAGCAGGAAAACCUGGACAAGCUACCAUGACUGGUCUUCCUCCCAUCAGUGCAGUUCGGUUGGAACAGAUGAGUAAAGCAGUUCGAUGGCUUGUGAUUGAAUUGCAGCAUGGCUCUGGAGCUGGUUCUGCUAAUUCAGCUCUUACCCACCCCUCAGCUCAGUUUGAUGCCAGGUUUUCUGAAGAUGCUGCUCAGUAGCAUUAACGUGACUGUGAUGAUUAAUGUUAUAUAUCUUUUCUCUAAGUUGAUCGUGCUUAGGCUAUAUUGCGUUAGACAUUUUGUACAAGACUAAGUAUUAGCUUUAUGCUAAGCUGUUAAAGAAUGUAACUUACGUGUAUUGUGCAUGACACAACAAUCCUUAAUUUUCUGUUGGUGAUAAUUAAUGUAUUUUAUCCUGCAAAAAUGAAAACGUAUGAGUUAUGCCUGAA